AUGCAUCGUCAAACACCAACAUUGAUACUCAUCAUCGCCGCGAGCCGUCUGGCGCAUGUCGCUGUGGCCGAGAACAGUGCCGGACCACACCAGGUUUCCUUUCCCCUGGGCCAAAGGACGGACAUUGUCCCGAGGCCACAUGUUGGCAAUGUGUCAUAUGGCACGAUCAUCAACAACUGCACCGUUCCGGGCACUGUCGCUCUGACGUUUGACGACGGGCCCAGCCAGUACACAGAUUUGAUUCUCGACACCCUCAAGCGCUACAGGACAAAGGCGACGUUCUUCGUCAACGGAAUGAACAAUCCGCUCGGCUCGAUCGACAACCCAGCGACCCUGUGGCCGGCCGUGCUGCGCCGCAUGCACGCCGAGGGCUACCAGAUCGGAAGCCACACCUGGGACCAUGCAAACCUGUCGGUGACGUCUGCAUUUCUGCGCGACCAGGAAGUCGUCUUCAACGAGAUGGCCAUCCGCAACGUGAUCGGCCUGGUUCCCACGUAUCUGCGCCCACCCUACGCCUCGUGCACGGGCGCCUCAGGCUGUCUCGACGACCUCAGCAACCGCGGUUACCACAUUGUCAACUUUGACAUCGACACGGUCGACUACAACCACGACGACCCCCAGACCAUCCAGUGGUCCAAGGACCACUUUGCCGACAUUCUCUCCCACUCUGGCUACAACCAGCAGGGCAGCCAGGCCGGCCACAUCUCACUCUCGCACGACACCAAGCACGAGACCGCAGUCAAUCUGACCAGCUUCAUGCUGUCCACCCUCCACCUUCUCGGCUACCGGGGCGUGACGGUUGGCGAGUGUCUGGGCGACCCGAGAGAAAACUGGUACCGUGACGCGUCCCCUCAUGCUGUCCACAGCCUGGACAGCAGCGUCGAGGCACUGCUUCCGACACAUUCGGGCCAAUGCGGGCCUGGAGUGAACCUCACCUGUCGGGGAUCCGACUACGGGCACUGCUGUUCGAAGCACGGGUUCUGGUGA